AUGAAUUUCACCACGAAGGUUGUGCAGGUGACCAAUGUGUCGCCGAGCACCACGUCCGAACAGAUGCGCACACUCUUUGGUUUUCUCGGAACCAUCGAAGAAUUAAAGCUAUUCCCACCAGAUGACUCGCUGAUGCCUGUCACGUCCCGGGUGUGUUUUGUCAAGUUCCUGGAGCAGGAGUCAGUCGGUGUGUCUCAGCAUCUCACCAACACGGUCUUUCUGGACAGAGCUUUGAUUGUGGUCCCUUUCGCAGAAGGUUCCAUCCCAGAUGAGAGCAAAGCUUUGUCACUGCUGGCACCAGCUAAUGCUGUUGCAGGAAUCCUGCCUGGAGGAGGACUUCUUCCCACUCCCAACCCCCUUCCCAACCCGUUGGGUCCAAAUCCGUUUGGCGCCCCGAACAUGGAUGCUCUGGCUGCUUUUGGAUUUCCUGGAGCCAACAUGAACCCACAGGCGGCGGACCAGUUACUAAAAUUUAUGACGGAUCCAAAGCUGAACCCGCUGGCAGUUGGUUUGAACCUGAGCGCGAGCUUGAAGGCAGAUGCAUCAAAUAAAGAAAUCGAAGUUGCCAUGAAGAGAGUCAGAGAGGCCCAGUCCCUCAUCUCUGCUGCCAUUGAACCAGGAAGCAAGGAGAGCAAGCGGCGCCACUCUCGCUCACGGUCCCGGUCCAGAAGGAGAAGAACAAGGUCUCGUUCACGACACAGGCGCUCGAGAAGCAGAUCAAGGCGACGAUCCGGCUCCAGAAACAGGAAGCGAUCAAAGAGUCCACGCAGGAGACGCAGCCGCUCCAGAGAUCGCAAGCGCUCCCGCAGCAGAGAGAGAAAAAAGGAGGAAGCAAGAAAAAGGUCCAGGACCCCUCCCAAAAGCUACAGCACAGCGAGAAGAUCACGCAGUGCCAGUCGCAGACGCAGAAGAAGCCGCAGUGGCAGCAGAUCUCCCAGAAAGUCUCCAAAGAGGUCUCCAUCAAGGUCUCCCUCUCCUAGAAGACAUAAGAAAGAGAAGAAACGAGACAAGGAAAGAGACAGGGAGCGCAGGAGUGACAAAGAUCGCAGCCGUGACGACCGUGAGCACACCAGCAGCAAGAAGAGGAGGAGGAGCAAGGAGAAGGAGCGCGAGCAGGAGCGCAAAGUCGACUCUGAGAAGGAUGUAAAGGUCACCAGAGACUACGAUGAAGAAGAGCAAGGCUACGACAGUGAGAAGGAGCGCAUGGGGAGGAAGGGCUCCGAGGAGUCCAUGUCUCCUCACUCUGAAGACAACGGCACUCAGGCGGUCAAAGGCGUCAAAGUGAACGGUUCCGACGACCACCACGAAGAAGACAUGGAUGUGAGCGACUAG